AUGCCCCCGGUUGCUACUGAAGAUACGACUAAAGAGGCCUCUCCGGUGAUCGAUACCAACCAAUUGGAGAACUUGCUCCUUAGGGAUGAAGAUAUCUUUCAAACGUCGUUGAACUCACAAGACUAUUUGGAAAGUCUUUCGCCUAUUAUUCAAGAUGCUAUCAAAGCAAACGGAUUGUCAGAGCUUAUCAAUAAGUUGAACAACAUCGUCAAAGACAAGGAUGAGGAGCUCACCACAUUGUCAUUAAACUCUACCGAAGAGAUCAACCAGUGCAUAGAUAACAUCGACAAGAUCCAUGAUGAAUCGCUUGAGUUGAACAAGAGUCUACUUUCCAUAAACCAGCUCCUUAACAAAUCAGUACAUGAACUCCUGGUAAGGAAGAAGAACUUGCUUCAGCGGAAGGAAGUGAAUAUCAAAAUCAACGAGACGCAAAUAGUAUUGAACUUGUGUAUUCAAGUAUUGGAGAUUACAAACAAAAUCCACGAGUUGAUUAAACAGAAGAAGUACUUCAAUGCCCUCAAGUUGAUCGACGAAGUAACAAAUGUGCACUUACCCAAGGUAGAGAACUUUCAGUUUACCAUUAAAAUUUACGACUCAAUUCCACAUUUGAUAGGAAUGAUCAAAGAAGAAUCUUUUGAGAGUUUGAUCAAGUGGCUCUCGCUAAACAUGGAGAGGAAGUUUGACAAAAUAGGAGACCUCAUCUAUGAAAACUUAUUCGACUUGCUGGACAAUUGGGAAGCAUUAAAGAAGAAAAACUCAAACUUUUUACCUUACAAAUUGAACUCCCCAAUAGAACUUUCGUUGAGGGAUCCUUUGAUGAACUUAAACUUGUUUAAUGAAUCAAGUGAGCUCAAUAUUGACUUGUCGGUAUUGUUUGAUUCCAUCUUGGUGUACCAAACCCUUGGUGAAAUAGACCAAUUAUCCGUUCUUUACAACAAAGAAUGGCUUAAAAAGCACAAUAGAAUAAUUUACCCCAUCACCGCUACUACUUCUUCAAAGACUACCUUAGAAAAUUUGGCGAACUUUUCCACCUUGGGUGCAUUACAGGAUUAUCUUAAGAAGAUUGCGUCCUUGUUUACAAUGGACAAGCACAUUAACUUAAUUACCAAGUUUCAAUUGAGAUCCAAUGAUUUAUCAAAUGAUCUUUGGGAGUCUUUUAUUACGAAGUUAAAGCCAGUCUUGAUUAACUUCUUAAGAACUCAUAAGUUUAAACUGGUUCAAGAGUUGACUGAUGUAAAGGACGUGAUUGGUAAUUUCCUUCAAAUAAUGGAGAUGAAUAAUUAUAAUAUUUUGGAGAUAUAUGAAGUCAUGAUCAUAUUAUUCAGGGAUUAUUUUGCCCCAUUGAUUAUCCUGGACUUCAGACUAGAGUUUAUCGAAUCCAUUCAAUCAGACCAUUACAUGCCAUUGAUAGUGGACAAAAAGGCCGACUUUGAUAACAUCAUAAAGAUUUGUUGGUAUGACAAGAAUGCUCAGAAAUUGGAUACGAGUCAUCUUCCAAUUACUUUCCCAUUCAGUGAAGAUUAUGUACAUUAUUGUUUGGGAAUAAGGUCAUUACUUGAAGAAAUUAUUCAAUUCAUCAAUCAGCACUAUAGCUACGAUCAGAAUGAAUUGAACAAUAUUAUUGUUAACGAUGUGUUUGAAAAGGUACUUAGCGAAGAGCGUGGUGUUGGUAUAUCAAACGAUAUUGAAGAGUUUAUCGAGAAGAACAGCAUGAAUAAGGAAAUCACCUCGCAGAGUUACACCAACUUGGAAUACUAUCUUUAUAGUGUUUAUGAGAUAGGUAAGCUCAUAAACAGAAGAUUGAGAAUCCAUACUGGUAUUGGGAUUCAUAAUAUUGACAUUAAUGAUUUACCAGUUCUCAAAGCAGUAGAGAAUUUCAAAAAGCUCCGGAAAUAUUCUGAAAGUGUUAUUUUCUCAAUGGUGGAUGGAAAGAUCAGAGAAUUGUUGGAAUUGGUCGAAUACGACGACUGGUUGCCGACCGAAAGUAACGCGGAGGCAAAUUAUUCAAUCAAGGAUUUCGCUCAAUUCUUAGAGAAUUUGUUCAGUUCCAUUUUCUCCACCCUUCCAAAGUCAAUCAGAACAUUGGGUUUGUUCAGAACAUAUGAUUUCGUUGCGGAAAACUUCUUGAAUGUGUUGAAGGAUACGGUUGUUUACAACAGAAUUGCUAUUGGCAAUUUUGAUCUCGACGUGCAAUACAUUGAAGAGUCUAUGAAGAGAUUAUACAAGAUGAAUGGAGAAGUCGAUGGAGAGGGUGACGGAAACAACGGUAACGUAGCGUUGGAAACCACCUUCACAGAAUUAAGACAAUGCAUUGAUUUAUUGAAGUUAGACAAUUAUGAUGACUUUACCAAAAACCCCACGUUCAGAAUGAGAAACUUCGACAGAAUAAGGUACGAAGACGGGUUGAGGUUAAUUGGGAAGAUGCAAGGGUACGAGGACUUGGGCGACGAUCCAAACCGGAGUUUGGAAGACAACCAGAGCUUUGACCAGCAGUCCAAUUAUGACACCCAGUCCUUGUUCUCCACAUCCACUGCUUCCAAAUUUGCCAAGUUCAGCAGUAGGUUCAAAAAGAACGUGGACUAG